CGGCUAAAGGUCCGAACACGGUCAACUAAACGGGCACAAAUCGAUGGCCAUGUGGCCCCCCGAUCCACCGUGGCCAUCACACACUUUAUCAAUCAGUCUCCAUAUCAAUCAAUCAGAUAAGAUCCCUGCCAGCAUGCAUUCCCUUCUUAAAGCCCCAAGUGUCGCCCAUCCGUGGUGCUGCUCCAGCGUCCGCCCGUUGUAAUUUACUCGCUCUAGUCACUUCAAUCAGAUCAUACUCUUUGUGACCUCUGCAAGGGGAAGAGUGUUGCGCAUCAUGAGUGACGAGGAAAAGCAUCCCGCCGAUGUUGUCGGUGUGCCGGUUGGUGAUGAGUCGGACUCUGCGUCUGAUCGACAGCGGACGACCAACAUCCCGUGGAGCAUGAAGAUUCUGUCUGUCAUACUCGUCAGUUUGGUUGGAUUUGGAUCUCACUGGAGCAGCGGAGUGACGGGAGCCAUGAAAAGCACUCUGAAAAAGGAGCUGCACAUCAACAACGCCCAAUAUGCAACCUUGGAUGCGAGUGAAAACUUCAUCAAGACAGCUCUGAUCCUUGUCAGCGGCGUCGUCACAGACCGAAUUGGUGGUGCAAGAGCUAUGCUUUGGGGCAACGCCGUCUACAGCGUCGGAGCCAUUCUCAUUGCGGCGGCCACCCAAGUCCGCAAUUUCAAAUUCAUGAUCUUUGGCAGCGUCGUCCAGGCACUUGGCGAUGUCGCUACCCAGUGCGCGCAGUACAAAGUCUUCUCAUCAUGGUUCGCUCCCUCCAACGGAUUUGCCUCAACCCUUGGCUUCGAGCUGGGCCUUGGCAAAAUCGGCAGUUUCGUUGGCCAGGCAUCUGCCAACGUCAUCGCCAAGAACACGGGAAAUUUCAGCUGGGUGUAUUGGUGUGCCGUCUUCAUUAACCUCUUUACGAAUGUGGUGACUGUCGGUUUCUACAUCUUCACAAACUACUGUGAGCGACGAUACGCCGGUACAAACGAUCCGGCAACCGGCGAGAGAUUGACAGAGAAGAACAAGAAAUUUGAGAUCACCAAGAUGUUGCGACUCCCUUGGCCGUUCUGGCUCGUGGCCUUGUUUUCUCUCUUCCAGACAUCCGUUGCCAGCGUCUUCUCCUCCAAUGCGACCGAAUUCGCCCAGAAGCGUUUCAACAUUUCAGCCGUCACUGCAGGUUGGUAUUCAGCCAUGUCCCAGUACCUCGGAUUCUUCUUGGUGCCUCUCCUGGGCGUUUUCAUCGAUAUACUAGGUCAGCGGAACACCAUUAUGCUGGUCUGCGGUCUUGGUAUGCUGCUUUCCAUGUGUCUUGCCGCCUUUGGUCCUACUAUUGGAGGUACCGCAGCCAGUUUCGGCAUCUAUGCGUUUGCGGCUUCACUCGGCCCCACGGUCAUCAUUGACAGCAUCCGCACCAGCAUGUGGUACCAGGAAGUUUUCGGCUCUGGUUAUGCUAUCAAGAUUGCUAUCAACAACAGCAUGACAAUCAUCAUCGGCAUCGUGGCGGGUGUCAUUCAAGACCAUGACAACGACAGCUAUAACCGGGUCAUUAUCCUCUACGUCGUCCUUGCAGCGGGCUCUGUCGUCGUCGGCGCGAUAAUAGUUGGCCUCAGCUUUUUCAACCCUACAAUGGGCAGGCUACAGUGGACACGAAAGCAGAGGAUCAUCAGGGGUGAAAAGAUCAAUGCCCUCAAAGAGGAUUUCGAGGAGGGAUCAAACCGAGAGUUCCAGAAGAAGUUGAGCAUGUCUUGCUUCGCUGCUACAAUAAUCCUCUUGUUGGGAGCGUGGGCAACGUACUUUUGGGGAGUGGCUACGGGCCAUAACGACUAGAUUACGAAUAAUGAGAAUUUCUUAGACAUGUAUAAAGAAAUAAU